AUGUGCAAGAGACAACAGAAUGCCCCCACUCAUCUAAUGGCGCAGAAGCCGAAUGUGCUCAUGUUCAAGUUCCUGGUAUGUAAGCGAGUGCAUAGUGAAUGCAGUGAUUACUUAGGACAUUCUUUUCAGCGGUGCGAUGUCCAGUGCGCCUACGCCGUGUUCUUCACUAGUGACGCGGCCCUCCGACGCGACUGGAGUCCGGUGCGCAUGCCCGGGAACACUGUUUCUCGGUCCUGCGCAGAUGGACGUAGACGCCGGAAGUGGGGCCAGCUUUUGUUCCGGCGGGCAUGGCGCAGGCGCCGACGGAAUCUCCACACCGCUCAACAACCUGGAGAAAACAAGUGGUGCAACCUUAACUGCAACCUUACGAGUGAAAAUAAUACUUCUGUCACCAAUCCCAAUACUAGCACCAUUGAACAAAAACAUACUACAGUCGUCUUCCCUCUUACUAGUGCCAUACCUGAAGAAAAUAAUACUACAUUUAACAUUCAGACCACCCCUGAAAAAUAUACUACAGUCAUCUACCCUCUUACUAUAUCAGAGGAAAAUACUUCUACAGUCACCAUUCAGACCACCAACAACAUCGACAAGCAAGAAAAUACUACCGCCUUUUUCCCUGUUACAAGUGACAUAGUUGAGGAUAACAAUACUACCUUCAACAUUCAGACCACCACAGAUCAAGAACAUACUUCAGAUGUCUUCCCUGUUUCUAGUGCCUCACCGGAAGACAAUAAUACGGCAAAUACUUUUCUGACCACCAGCAGCAUCAAUGAACAAGAACAUACUACAGCUUUUUCCCCUGUUACUACAACAAACACAGUGACAAUGACAACAAGAAAAUGCAAACAUUCCACUACUUCCACUACCCACUCUUCAACCACUCCGGAGAAGACCACCUCUUCUACUACUAGUAAUCCCCCUACCUCGAUAAGCACCUCUACAAGAGCAACUAGUAACACAAUUAGCAAAAGCACCAAUGAAGUCAGUUCCACGGUAAAGCCUACUGUCACUAUCAACGAACAGUCAAAUAGUACAGUGUCUCUUCCACAUACAACUUCUGUUACGGAAACAACUCAUUCCAUAAUGACUGAAUCUAGAACUAUAUUUACUGAUGAAACUAGCAAAACCGUAAUCCCUAAUACUAGAAACAAUCCCACUGAGGGUACUACACUUACAUAUAACCCUAUGACUAGCAACAACCUGGAGAAAACAAGUGGUGCACCUUUAACUGUUACGAGUGAAAAUAAUACUUCUGUCACCAAUCCCAAUACUAGCACCAUUGAACAAAAACAUACUACAGUCGUCUUCCCUCUUACUAGUGCCAUACCUGAAGAAAAUAAUACUACAUUUAACAUUCAGACCACCCCUGAAAAAUAUACUACAGUCAUCUACCCUCUUACUAUAUCAGAGGAAAAUACUUCUACAGUCACCAUUCAGACCACCAACAACAUCGACAAGCAAGAAAAUACUACCGCCUUUUUCCCUGUUACAAGUGACAUAGUUGAGGAUAACAAUACUACCUUCAACAUUCAGACCACCACAGAUCAAGAACAUACUUCAGAUGUCUUCCCUGUUUCUAGUGCCUCACCGGAAGACAAUAAUACGGCAAAUACUUUUCUGACCACCAGCAGCAUCAAUAAACAAGAACAUACUACAGAUUUCUCCCCUGUUACUAGUGCCAUACCUGAGGAAAAAAUUUCUACACUCAACAUUCAGACCACCCCUGAUCGAGAAUACACUACAGACAUCUUUCCUGACACUAGUGCCAUACAGGAGGAAAACUAUACAACAGUCAACAUUCAAACCACCAGCAACAUCCCGGAGCAAGAACAUACUACAGAAUUUAUUCCUGAUACUAGUGUCUUGCCCAAUGAAAACAAUACUACAGUCAACAUUGAGACCACCAGCAUCAUCACUGGUCAAGAAGACACUACAGAUGUUUUCCCGGUUACUAGUGCCAUACCAGAAGAAAAUAAUUCUACGAUCACUAGUCUGCCCAUCAGUAACAUCACUGAUCAAGAACAUACUACAGACUUCUUCCCGGUUACUAGUGCAGUACCAGAGGAAAACAAUACUACACUCAACAUUGAGACCACCCCUGAUCGAGAAUACACUACAGACAUCUUUCCUGAUACUAGUGUCAAACAGGAGGAAAACUAUACAACAGUCAACAUUCAAAUCACCAGCAACGUCCCAGGGCAAGAACAUACUACAGAAUUUACUCCUGAUACCAGUGCCUUACCUGAGGAAAACAAUACAACAUUGAACAUUUAUACCACCAGCAACAUCCCAGAGCAAGAUCAUACUACUGACGUCUUUCCUGAUACUAGUGCCACACCCCAGGAAAACAUUACGACACUCAACAUUGAGACCACCAGCAUCAUCACUGGUCAAGAAGACACUACAGAUGUUUUCCCUGUUACUAGUGCCAUACCAGAAAAAAAUAAUUCUACAAUCACUAUUCUGCCCACCAGUAACAUCACUGAUCAAGAACAUACUACAGACUUCUUCCCUGUUACUAGUGCAGUACCAGAGGAAAACAAUACUACACUCAACAUUCAGACCACCCCUGAUCAAGACUAUACUACAGACAUCUUUCCUGAUACUAGUGUCAAACAGGAGGAAAACUAUACAACAGUCAACAUUCAAAUCACCAGCAACAUCCCGGAACAAGAACAUACUACAGAAUUUAUUCCUGAUACUAGUGCCUUGCCCAAUGAAAACAAUACUACAGUCAAUAUUGAGACCACCAGCAUCAUCACUGGUCAAGAAGACACUACAGAUGUUUUCCCUGUUACUAGUGCAUUACCAGAAGAAAAUAAUUCUACAAUCACUAUUCUGCCCACCAGUAACAUCACCGAUCAAGUACAUACUACAGACUUCUUCCCUGUUACUAGUGCAGUACCAGAGGAAAACAAUACUACACUUAACAUUGAGACCACCCCUGAUCAAGAAUAUACUACAGACAUCUUUCCUGAUACUAGUGUCAAACAGGAGGAAAACUAUACAACAGUCAACAUUCAAAUCACCAGCAAUGUCCCAGGGCAAGAACAUACUACAGAAUUUACUCCUGAUACCAGUGCCUUACCUGAGGAAAACAAUACAACAUUGAACAUUUAUACCACCAGCAACAUCCCAGAGCAAGAUCAUACUACUGACGUCUUUCCUGAUACUAGUGCCACACCCCAGGAAAACAUUAUGACACUCAACAUUGAGACCACCAGCAUCAUCACUGGUCAAGAAGACACUACAGAUGUUUUCCCUGUUACUAGUGCCAUACCAGAAGAAAAUAAUUCUACAAUCACUGUUCUGCCCACCAGUAACAUCACUGAUCAAGAACAUACUACAGACUUCUUCCCUGUUACUAGUGCAGUACCAGAGGAAAACAAUACUACACUCAACAUUCAGACCACCCCUGAUCGAGACUAUACUACAGACAUCUUUCCUGAUACUAGUGUCAAACAGGAGGAAAACUAUACAACAGUCAACAUUCAAAUCACCAGCAACAUCCCGGAGCAAGAACAUACUACAGAAUUUAUUCCUGAUACUAGUGUCUUGCCCAAUGAAAACAAUACUACAGUCAACAUUGAGACCACCAGCAUCAUCACUGGUCAAGAAGACACUACAGAUGUUUUCCCUGUUACUAGUGCAUUACCAGAAGAAAAUAAUUCUACAAUCACUAUUCUGCCCACCAGUAACAUCACCGAUCAAGAACAUACUACAGACUUCUUCCCGGUUACUAGUGCAGUACCAGAGGAAAACAAUACUACACUUAACAUUGAGACCACCCCUGAUCGAGAAUACACUACAGACAUCUUUCCUGAUACUAGUGUCAAACAGGAGGAAAACUAUACAACAGUCAACAUUCAAAUCACCAGCAACGUCCCGGGGCAAGAACAUACUACAGAAUUUAUUCCUGAUACCAGUGCCUUACCUGAGGAAAACAAUACAACAUUGAACAUUUAUACCACCAGCAACAUCCCAGAGCAAGAUCAUACUACUGACGUCUUUCCUGAUACUAGUGCCACACCCCAGGAAAACAUUAUGACACUCAACAUUGAGACCACCAGCAUCGUCACUGGUCAAGAAUAUACUACAGACUUCUUCCCUAUUGCUAGUGCCAUACCAGAAGAAAAUAAUUCUACAAUCACUAUUCUGCCCACCAGUAACAUCACCGAUCAAGAACCAACUACAAACUUCUUCCCUGUUACUAGUGCCAUACCAGAGGAAAACAAUACUACAAUUUCUAUUAAAACCACUAAUAUCCCUGACCAAGAUCAUACUACAGACUUCUUUCCUGAUACUAGUGCCACAACCCAUGAAAACAAUACUACAGUCAACAUUGAGACCACCAGCAUCAUCACUGGUCAAGAACACACUACAGAUGUUUUCCCUGUUACUAGUGCCAUACCAGAAGAAAAUAAUUCUAAAAUCACUAUUCUGCCCACCAGUAACAUCACCGAUCAAGAACAUAUUACAGACUUAUUCCCUGUUACUAGUGCAGUACCAGAGGGAAACAAUACUACAACUUCUAUUAAAACGACUACUAUCCCUGACCAAGAUCAUACUGCCGACUUCUUUCCUGAUACUAGUGCCACACCCCAGGAAAACAUUACGACAUUCAACAUUGAGACCACCAGCAUCAUCACUGGUAAAGAAUAUAGUACAGACUUCUUCCCUGUUACUAGUGCCGUACCAGAGGAAAAGAAUACUACAAUUUCUAUUAAAACCACUAAUAUCCCUGACCAAGAACAUACUACAGACUUCUUUCCUGAUACUAGUGCCACAACCCAGGAAAACAAUACUACGUUCAACAUUGAGACCACCAUCAUCAUCACUGGUCAAGAAGACACUACAGAUGUUUUCCCUGUUACUAGUGCCAUACCAGAAGAAAAUAAUUCUACAAUCACUAUUCUGCCCACCAGUAACAUCACCAAUCAAGAACAUACUACAAACUUAUUCCCUGUUACUAGUGCCGUACCAGAAGAAAACAAUACUACAAAUUCUAUUAAAACCACUAAUAUCCCUGACCAAGAACAUACAACAGGUGUCUUUUCUGAUACUAGUGCUGCACAGGAGGAAAACUAUACAACAGUCCACAUUCAGACCACCAGCAACAUCACGGAGCAAGAACAUACUACAGACUUCUUCCCUGUUACUAGUGCCGCACCACGAGAAAACAACACUACAAUCCCUAUUAAGAGCACCAAUAUCCCUGAGCAAGAACAUACUACAGACUUUUCUUUUACUAGCAUUGCAACAGAAGAUAACAAUAUUACAAUGACCACUCCAAGUAGUAGCACCAAAGAGCAUAUGACAGACUGGAAUACGACUGGAAACCAAACAGAAAAUUAUUAUACUACAAAAAACCUCCCUGACACAACUAGUAAUGAAGCCAUUACUCUCACUGAAAGAACUAGCAAAGAGGAAACAACCGCAGUCUUCACUUCUCUUGCUAACAAUGUAACUGAGCCAUCCAUAGUCUCUGCUACUACAGAGGCCCGAACAAAUAACACCCUGACAACAAUCCAUAAGGUGUCCACCACUCAGCCAACUAGUAUGUUACUGACCUCUAGUUUGAUUGCUACAACAACCCCUGAAAUAACAGUAUCCAAGACCACAGCUGUCACAAAGUCAACAACUCUUCUGCUACCACCAGCUUCUGCUGAUAUUACAGCUAGAGUUACUACAACCACUUCAAGCACAACAGGUACCACCCAGACAACAACCCCUGAGAUGCCCACUACUCAACAAAUGUCCGCUGAUACUACAAAUACAAAAACAAUCCCUGAGAUACCUACUACACAGCCAAUAGUAACUACAACCACUCCAAGCACAACAACAAAUACCACCCAGACAACAAACCAUGAGAUGCCUAUUACUCAGACGACUUCUCCUGAAACUACAACUAAAGUAACUACAACUACUCCAAGCACUCAAACUACCAUCCCGAUAACAACCUCUGAGAUCUCCACUACUAAGCAAACUUCUACUGAUACUACAACUACAGUUACUACAACCACUCCAAGCACAACAACUACCACCCAGACAGCAACCAGUGAGAUCCCCACUACUGAGCCAACUUCUCCUGUUACUACAACUACAGUUACUACAACCACUCCAAGCACAACAACUACCACCCAGACAACAACCAGUGAGAUCCCCACUACUGUGCCAACUUCUCCUGUUACUACAACUACAGUUACUACAACCACUCCAAGCACAACAAUAACUAUCACACAGACAACAACCAGUGAGAUCUUCACUACUGAGCAAAAUUCUCCUGUUACUACAGCUACAGUUACUACAACCACUGAAGGCACAACAACAACUACCACCCCGACAACAACCAGUGAGAUACCCACUACUGAACCAACUUCUCCUGUUACUACAACUACAGUUACUACAACCACUGAAGGCACAACAACAACUACCACCCCAACAACAACCAGUGAGAUCCCCACUACUCAGCCACCUUCUCCUGUUACUACAACCACUCCAAGCACAACAACUAUCACCCAGACAACAACCAGUGAGAUCCCCACUACUGAGCCAAAUUAUCCCAUUACUACAGCUAUAGUUACUACAACCACUGAAGGCACAACAACAACUACCACCCUGACAACAACCAUUGAGAUCCCCACUACUGAGCCGACUUCUCCUGUUACUACAACUACAGUUACUACAACCACUGAAGGCACAACAACAACUACCACCCCAACAACAACCAUUGAGAUCCCCACUACUGAGCCGACUUCUCCUGUUACUACAACUACAGUUACUACAACCACUGAAGGCACAACAACAACUACCACCCCAACAACAACCAGUGAGAUCCCCACUACUGAGCCAAAUUCUCCUGUUACUACAGCUACAGUUACUACAACCACUGAAGGCACAACAACAACUACCACCCUGACAGCAACCAGUGAGAUCCCCACUACUGAGCCAAUUUCUCCUGUUUCUACUACUACAGUUAUUACAACCACUCCAAGCACAACAACUACCACCCAGAUAACAACCAGUGAGAUCCCCACUAUUCAGCCAACUUCUCCUGUUACUACAGCUACAGUUACUACAACCACUCCAAGCACAACAACCACCACCACCCCGACAACAACCAUUGGGAUCCCCACUACUGAGCCAAAUUCUCCUGUUACUACAGUUACAGUUACUACAACCACUGAAGACACAAGAACCACUACCACCCCGACAACAACCAAUGAGAUCCCCACUAUUGAGCCAAAUUCUCCUGUUACUACAGCUACAGUUACUACAACCACUGAAGACACAACAACCACUACCACACCGACAACAACCAGUGAGAUCCCCACUACUCAGCCAACUUCUCCUGUUACUACAACUACAGUUACUACAACCACUGAAGGCACAACAACAACUACCACCCCGACAACAACCAGUGAGAUCCCCACUACUCAGCAAAUUUCUCCUGUUACUACAACCACUCCAAGCACAAUAACAAUCACCCAGACAACAACCAGUGAGAUUCCCACUACCGAGCCAAAUUCUCCUGUUACUACAGCUACAGUUACUACAACCACUGAAGGCACAACAACUACCACUCCGACAACAACCAUUGAGAUUCCCACUACUGAGCCAAAUUCUCCUGUUACGACAACUACCGUUACUACAACCACCGAAGGCACAACAACAACUACCACCCCGACAACAACCAGUGAGAUACCCACUACUCAGCCAACUUCUCCUGUUACUACAACCACUCCAAGCACAACAACUACCACCCAGACAACAACCAGUGAGAUCCCCACAAUUCAGCCAACUUCUCCUGUUACUACAGCUACAGUUACUACAACCACUCCAAGCACAACAACAGCAACCAGUGAGAUCCCCACUACUCAGCCAACUUCUCCUGUCACUACAACUACAGUUACUACAACCACUGAAGGCACAACAACAACUACCACCCCGACAACAACCAGUGAGAUCCCCACUACUCAGCCAACUUCUCCUGUCACUACAACUACAGUUACUACAACCACUGAAGGCACAACAACAACUACCACCCUGACAACAACCAGUGAGAUACCCACUACUCAGCCAACUUCUCAUCUUACUACAACUACAGUUACUACAACCACUGAAGGCACAACAACAACUACCACCCCUACAACAACCCCUGAGACUUCCACCGUUAUAAAUUCAUCAGGUACCAGUCAAUCUACACAGGGGAGUUCUGGUCUUCCGUUUUGGGCCAUCAUUCUCAUUUGCUUGGCUGUGGUCCUGGCUCUCACCUGUCUAAGCUGCAUCAUCUACGCGAUUACGCGAUUGUGUAGAAGGAGAAGGCGACCCACAGUGUACGUGGUCAAUGAGGACUUCCAGAAUCCAUUCUAAAGGACUUAACCUUUUAUAAAAAGUCAUAUAGUACCGUGGUGGAAAAAAAGAGAAAGUGCAGGAAAAAACAGCAAAUCUAAAAAGUCUUCUCCAGGGGCACAAAGUCGGGGUCGGCCGAAUUCAACGUACCACAUGAUCUCUUAUCUUAGUAGUCUUAUGAGUAUGUUGGAAACAUGUUCUUUAGUCUGAAAAGGAGAAGCCAUGUGGCCUAUGUUCUCCACCUCAUCCAGUCCAGGAACAUCUGAAGAUGACAUCUGACAAAUGCGAUCGCCAGUCACAUACGAUGGAAGAGCCUGUAGAGGAUCGUUUAUGCUUCAAAAUACCCUUUUUCCCUCUGCAUGUAGAAGGGUGGGGAGUGAAUUCAGAAGGACAUGUUAAAAUAUUUUUUGUUUUGUGUGCCUCUACAGAGAUUUUUUUGAUUUGACUUCUCAAUCGAAGGCAUUUUAGACUUUCUUGCUGUCUGUAUGGAUUUCGGACCGCUGCUGUCAAUCUUGUGCAUGUUCUACCCAUUUUGCACAGUAUUUAGGGUGUCAAGAGAAAACAACAUGGCCACAAUGAGUCUUGAAAUGUACUAAAGAUGUGCACUUUUUUGCCGCAAAUGCCACAUUAUUAGGGGCAUGGACAUCAGCUACAAGGUCUCAAAAGAAAGAGAAAUAUUUGAUGCCACCAAUGUUACUGUGAUAAACAUAAGCAAGCCAUGUGGCCUAUAGAGAGAAGCUUAAGGUGGUCCCAUCUAGUGGUAACAUUUGAGGCUUCUAGGUCACAAUUCAAAACCUAUAACACAGCUUCCCCACUCCUCCUAAAUGUGUAGUAUCGUUUAUAGCUCUUGUCCUUCAUAUUGGGUACAGGGACCUUUUGGGGCAGCUCUGGUUUUAGGGUCUGGUGCUACUACAACCACUGUACGUCCUUGAUCACAUCCCGUUUGCUACUUCAUAGUAAGAAACUGUGCAGGAACAGAGUAACUGCAUUGUUAACAAAGUUGUAAGGAAUAGAUGGGCAUGUGAACCCAACAUCACAAUGGGUAUCCUAGUUCAAUAUUUUAUAUGGGGUCCCAUGCAUUAAUUAGAGGGCAUCAUGGGCCAAGAGUCUAGGGGUCGCUACAUCAUUGGCGACCUAGUAGGCCUCCUGUUCUACCUUCCAUGAUGGUUCGUCGUCGGCCACAUAUGUCUGUGGUUCUAUGUGUCUCCAUAAUACCAACAGACUUAACUUAAAAGGGACAUGCAUAAAAGUUUCCAAGGAGGUACAAAGGAGGUCAAAUGGGGAGGAAAUAUGGCAGACCCCAUUAAUUGUUUUGCCUGGAGGCCUCCACCAACCUUAAUACGACUUUGAUGGCCUUCCUCUCUUCUUUAUACUCAAUACCAACCCAAACAUGGCAGCCAUGUCAACAAAUCAUUUUUUCCUGAAGGUGCAAUAAAAAAAAUAUUCAUAUAUAUCACCUGCACUAUAUUAUCACUUUAAUUAUAAUGUUUUGUACAAAAAGAUAUAUAUAUUCUGAGGUUGUUGCCAGACUAAGCUGGGCUGAGUGUGGCAGACAUUACCUUGGUUGGUAUAGGAUGUUGAUGUAAAUAUGUUAUCUAUCUGUUAUCUCUCGUUCUGCACGUCUUAUAUAGCUGGCUAUGUACAAUGAGCUGCAAUCUAUUUAUUUAAGUCAUUAUUUGUAAAUUCAAUUAAAUUAUUUGUGCAAAAAAUAUGACAUAUUUAUUUGACAAAAUGAUUUACUUACAUUUGUAAAAUAAAAAAGAUUAUAAUUUCCCAAAAAUUUGUAGGUGAUGAGACAGGUUACUGUUUGUACAGUCCUUUUAAUGUUCAACUACACUA